GCCUUACAGCCGCUAGCUCGCAUUUGCCACGCUCGGCCGUAGUGAUCGAUUGAACGCCCGUAGUCAUCGAUUACUCGUCUCCAAAGGUAGCACGUACCAUCUGCGUAGGCGUGGGCAGCCCUAUUACAUCGAUAGAGGAGCACACACACAAAAGAGGCAGCCCAUGCGUGCGCUGGGCAGCCUCCUGUGCGCCGCCGCCGCGUGGGCGGCACGAGUCGUCGACGUAGCCGUGGAUGGCGACGGCGCGAUGCAAACGGAUGACGGGCCGCUCAGUAGCUGGGCAAUCACCGAAUACGAGUGCUCGCCGGCGUCUGACAAAGUUUCCUCCGAUCACCACGCGACCGUCAUAGGUACUGGGACCCCACGCUGCAGCGCUACCAAGCGCGAACGGUGGUCCUCCCGCGAUUCGAGGGCGACGAGGGGACGGCGCUGGCGGAACGAGCCUACAUCCACGCCCAGGAGGCGUGUGUUUCCAUACCGGAGGACGCGCGCGACGGCUGCCACAUCUCGCUCGUCCAGCGGCUGGUCGCGCUCGCGCAGCGCGCUGAAUUUGGCACUGUUGUCAUCGACGACGCUCCCGUAACGUCGCCGCGGGGAACGGAGCGCCGGCCACCACCGCCGCCGCAGUGCGCCCUGGACUUUGCGGUCGCGGCGCGGUUCGAGCCGCCCGUCAAGCUGGCCCUGGCGCGGCCGGCCCAACUUCCGCUCCUCUCGGUCUCGAAUUGUACCGUACCAACUUCAUUGAGACUGUGCUUCUCGGUCUUCGAUCGCACGAACAUGAAGGUCUCGUGGACCAUGUGCGAAGACGCCGCCGCGGCGGCCCAGGAGAAGUACCGCAUCAAGCCGGAUCAACAAAUACCGGCCGACGCGUUCACGUUCACGUGCGACUCCGAGUGCUCGGCGCUAGUCUUCGCGACCGACGGACUAUCCGGAUCCGCCAUCUCCGCGCGCCAGUUCCCCACGGGAAGUCGAGGCGUCGUAUCCCUGCGACCCGCGAGAAUACGGUUCUCGACCGGUCGAGCAAGGUAAAAUUAUGU